GUCUAGUUAGCUUAGCAGACGUUUCAUUCUAAAUGAUUUCUGUAUUCUUAUCAUUUCAUAUUUUCUUAAGCUACAUAAGAAGAGUUCAAACCUUUUUAAAAUGUCAACCACACAGGCAGACGUGGUGGAAAAAAAGCCAAAGAAGAAAUGGGUGAUGUGCUGUCCCAAAGAUCUAAAGAAAUCUCCGAAAAAAGAAAUUGAAAGACCAUUGCCACCAAUUCAGCAAGUAAAUUGUGAACGCAUCGAAAAGUUACCCAAAGCGAUUAAGAAACAGGAGGAACCUCACUGUGAACAGUCCAAACAUUAUCGUACGCCUGCCGAGAAACGAGCUCAUCUGGAGAAGGAAGUAGUUCCAAUUUUUAUGCAAGGCAUGUUGGAGUUGGCACGUGAACAACCCAAGGAUCCGAUUAGCUAUCUAGAGAAGUUCUGGCUUAAGAAGCAGCACAAGUGUGACAUAUCGUUGCCGGAGAACCUGCUUUAGAAUUAAAUAUGCUCUUUACUGUAUUCAAAUUUCAAACCAUCGAUAAAUAAAUGUUUCUGAUUAUCGUUUGACGCAAUCAA